AUGCCCUCAGCCGCGGCGUCCGACCAGCUGUCGAACGUCGUCUCGGCGGGUGGUUUCCGCUGGGGCAUCCUGAUCUCGCGUCCCGCGUCGGCUCUCCCCGCAGCCUCGGGAGCAAAGCAUGCGUGUCCCGGCGGGCUCCGGCAGUGGGAGGGCCGCGACGCGACGCGACGCCUGGCUGUCGGGCGACAACCCUAUUAG